AUGGGCUGCACGAUCGAGGGUUUAAGUUUAGCUCCGGAAGAGACUCUUUACUGUCUGAUUAUAUCAUCAACAUCAAAUGCUUCUCUUGAUGUGAUUCUGGAGCAAAUUGACGUUCAAAGUUUCAAUGUGAAGACUACAACUUUCAGCCGUGGUCCUUUCAGUGUUUUCCGCAUGAGAAAUAACGACAAAACGGAAACCGAGCAAAUCAUAUCCGGGAUCCGUGAUGAUUUCAAGGCAACAUCAGAAUUGGCCGAAGGUGCUGAUCUGAGUGAUGUGAAUUUGGUCCUUGGUGUGGAUAAAUACCAAGGAUUUGACCUGGAUCCCAAAUUUUGGGAAGAUGAUCAAGUUUUACCGGAAGCAAGUCAGGAAGACUUUCUUGACCUGUUCAUUCAAGAAUCUGAUGAAUAUUUUUCAAGUCACUUGGCUACUACUAAUGAGAAUAUUAAUAGCUCGAUCCUCUCAAUGCCAACGACAUUUGCUACAGAUUUCUCAGAUCUCGAUAUGAAGUCUAUCGGUUAUCUCCUUGAUCGUUACCGGAAUAGUCUCAUAACCAGUUUUCUUCCGGUUCGGAAGUACCACACAUCUCCAUGGGAAUUUAUCCACGUACCGAAAGUUCACGAGGUACUGGGCGAGGCUAUGAUCUCAGGAGAAGUGACCCAUGCCAAGAUGGGCCUUUUCUUUGCCGUCUUGGGUGCGAGUGCCUUUCAUUUACACGAGCAAACACGGAAUACUGAAAAUUAUGAUCCAAAGUGGAUGGUGCUCGGUGAAGAGUACAGACUUCGAGCUAGGAGACGAAUCCGGUUGUCUUUGGCUAAGCUCUCAGUGGCUAUGCCAGCUGAGCAGGUUGCGGAUACCAUACUUGCCUUGACAAGCAUGUAUACUAUCUGCGUAAGCUUCUCUUAG